CUGCGCAGGCGUAUUUCCAACGCUUGGGAGGAGAGGGCGGGGUGUCGUUCCCUUUCGCUGAUGCAAGAGCCUAGUGCGGUGGUGGGAGAAGUGUCGGCAGGAGCAACGCUGCCGCUGGGGCCUGGGGCUGACCCGUCCGACUUCCCGUCUGUGCCGAGCCCACUCGAGCUGCCGCCAUGUCCGGGGAUGAGAUGAUUUUUGAUCCUACUAUGAGCAAGAAGAAAAAGAAGAAGAAGAAGCCUUUUAUGUUAGAUGAGGAAGGGGAUACCCAGACAGAAGAAACCCAGCCCUCAGAAACAAAAGAAGUAGAACCAGAGCCCACUGAGGACAGAGAUGUAGAAGCCGAUGAAGAGGACAGUAGGAAAAAAGAUGCUUCUGAUGAUUUAGAUGACUUGAACUUCUUUAAUCAGAAGAAAAAGAAGAAAAAAACAAAAAAGAUAUUUGAUAUUGAUGAAGCUGAAGAAGGUGUAAAGGAUCUUAAGAUUGAAAGUGAUAUCCAAGAAGCAGCUGAACCAGAGGAUGACCUUGACAUUAUGCUUGGCAAUAAAAAGAAGAAAAAGAAGAAUGUUAAGUUCCCAGAUGAGGAUGAAAUACUAGAGAAAGAUGAAGCUUUAGAAGAUGAAGACAGCAAAAAAGAUGAUGGUAUCUCCUUCAGUAACCAGACAGGCCCUGCUUGGGCAGGCUCAGAAAGAGACUACACAUAUGAGGAGCUAUUGAAUCGAGUAUUCAACAUCAUGAGGGAAAAGAAUCCAGAUAUGGUUGCUGGAGAGAAAAGGAAAUUUGUCAUGAAACCUCCACAGGUUGUCCGAGUAGGAACAAAGAAAACCUCUUUUGUCAACUUCACAGAUAUCUGUAAACUAUUACAUCGUCAGCCCAAACAUCUCCUUGCAUUUUUAUUGGCUGAAUUGGGUACAAGUGGUUCUAUAGAUGGUAAUAAUCAACUUGUAAUCAAAGGAAGAUUCCAACAGAAACAGAUAGAAAAUGUUUUGAGAAGAUAUAUCAAGGAAUACGUUACCUGUCACACGUGCCGAUCACCGGACACAAUCCUGCAAAAGGACACCCGACUCUAUUUCUUACAGUGCGAAACUUGUCAUUCUCGAUGCUCUGUUGCCAGCAUCAAGACCGGCUUUCAGGCUGUCACAGGCAAGCGAGCACAGCUCCGUGCCAAAGCUAACUAAUUGGCUAACCACCACUGAUUUUCAAAGUGUGUUGUGGAGAUUUGGCUGGACAGGUUUACCAUCAAAGUGGAUAUAUCAUUGUAUUAAAUACAAGAUAGAAAAGCUGCCAAGUUUUUUGGCUUGUGGCUGGUUGGUCUGAAAUCUUUGCAAGAUGCCGAUGCUCAAGCUGUUGACCUACUCAUUGCCUACUUUAACAACUGUCAGAAAAACAUGAUGGGGUAAGGCGGUGCUUUUUUAAAAUCGUUCAUAGACUUAUGUAAAAUGCAAGAUAAAUUAAAGUUAUUAUAACAGUGA